UCAAAAUAUGCACCACUAUAAAAGACCCAUUAUUUAAAAGUUAUAUUGAGAAAUAACCCAUAAAAUGGACAAAAGACAAUUCUCCAGAUUCAUUUUAGGAUCAAAUAAAAGUGGCAUAUAUAUAAAGAUUAUCGAAUAAGCCUCUUAAUCACAAGUUUAAAGUGUUUGAAAAAUACCAGAUGUUUCCUAGUUACUAAGAGCUGAACAAAUGCAGAAUAUUAUUGCUGAAUUUGCUCUCAGACAGAAAGGUUGUUAUUUUUAUUCAAUAGCGUCAAAUUUCUGGAAAGGAGAGAUCAAAUAGUUAUAUUUUCGAUUUUUGCCAGUAUGAAUGACACCGCAGUUCCAGAUCCCGAAUAUCUCUUAAAAUAUGGAGAUCCCCGCAUGGAAAAGUAUCCGUUUAUGAAGGACCCUUCAACAACUUUUAUUCUGGUAGCAAUAUAUCUUUUAUUCGUCAAAGUGGUUGGUCCUCUCUGGAUGAGAAACCGUCCACCCUAUGAGUUCAGGAAUUUCAUGAUUGUUUACAACUUACUCACGAGUGCGCUUAAUGCUUGGGUAUUUUUCCACUUUGCGUAUCGCUGGAUAACGAAGUACAGUUGGCGCUGCGAACCUAUAGACUUUUCUCACAAUGAAGACGCCUUAAAGAUGGUUCUAGUAUGCUGGUUGUUCUUUGCUUCCAAAUUCCUCGAAUUUGCUGAUACUAUCUUUGCAGUUCUUAGAAAAAAAAGUUCUCAAGUUUCCAAGCUUCAUGUAUUUCAUCACAGCAUUGCUCCCUCACUGAUAUGGUACGCAGUGAAGUUUGGACCAGGUGGCUACGGUACCAUACUCAUGAUGUUGAAUUCUUUUGUACACAUAUGGAUGUAUUUGUACUACGGUUUAGCCGCUGUGGGACCGAAAAUACAGAAGUAUCUGUUUUGGAAGAAAUAUGUGACCCUCCUGCAGCUGGCCCAGUUUGUAACUAGCAUAGUGUUCUGGAUUCAGGCCUACUUUUUCCCGCCUGCAGACUGCCCGGUGUCGACGUUCCUCUUUGGAAUCAACAUGUUCCUUUCCGUCACCUUCUUCAUUCUCUUUAUAAAUUUUUACAUGACAACUUAUAAGAAAAGAAAAGGAAAUUAAAAUCGAACAUAUUUCGUAAUUAACGAAAUUUGUACUUUGUAAAUAAA